UAGAGCUCAGGCAUACAGAAUACUAGUACAUGGGAGGGAGAAGGGGCGUGCUGAGGAUGCUCUCUGAGGUCUGUUCUCCAGCUUCUUCAUACAAGUCUAGCUGCUGGGAUACAAUCUACUCCUCAGCACCCAGCAAAGAAGAAAUAAGACCUCACCACAGAGAACUUUUCCUCCAUUGCUGUUCAAGUUUCUCCAAUGUUUAUAAGGAGCUUUCACAGGACCAAACCCUAUAAAAGUGUCCAAGGAUUUGUGUUAUUUGGAAAAGACAUUGGAAAGACAUUUGGACAUUAUUUGGAAAACACUGGUUUCCUUCAGUUUUCAUGUUGUUUAGGAUAUCUACUAUGAACUGGGGUGCAGACUUUAGUGUAUCCUCUACUGAAACCUUCAGAGCAGUCCUCAGUACCUGCAGAUUUGGGGCAUGUAAGAUCUACCUGUUGAAGGAAAUGGGCUGUACACCUGCUUCUUCAAGACUGCACCUGCACAUUGAUGUGGUCCAUUGUUACCUCCAUACCUGAAGUUCUCUAAAAGUCAGCACAAUUCUCCAGUGGAAAUGAAGAAAUGCCAUAUGCUUGUUCUGAAGCUUCAUGGUGAGAACUUCGCAGGACUUUAUUUAUGGCCAGGUGAGAAUCAUGUCCAGUAAAAUUUAUUCAGACAACAUAACCAAGGGUUACUACUAUAAUUCUACCUGGCCAGAAGACCCCAUCUAUCUUUUCCCUCUCCCAGUCCUUACAGGAAUAACUGUGGUCUGUGUUCUCCUGUUUAUUAUUGGUAUAUUUGGUAAUAUCAUGACUAUGCUAGUGGUGUCUAAGUACAAGGAUAUGAGGACUACAACCAACCUCUAUCUCUCCAGCAUGGCAUUCUCAGACCUUCUCAUCUUUCUCUGCAUGCCACUUGACUUGUACAAGCUUUGGCAAUAUAGACCCUGGAAUUUUGGAAGUCUCCUCUGCAAGUUGUUUCAGUUCAUCAGUGAAAGUUGCACUUACUCCACUAUUCUGAACAUCACAGCUCUGAGUGUGGAGAGGUAUUUUGCAAUCUGUUUUCCUUUGAAAGCUAAGGUGGUCAUCACCAAGGGCAGGGUGAAACUGGUCAUCUUUGUUCUUUGGACUCUAUCCUUUGUUAGCGCUGGACCUAUCUUUGUCUUGGUUGGUGUUGAACACGAAAAUGGGACCAAUCCCCUAGAAACAAAUGAAUGUAAAGCUACAGAGUAUGCAGUCAAGUCUGGACUCCUCACCAUCAUGGUGUGGACAUCAAGUGUCUUCUUCUUCUUGCCGGUCUUCUGCCUCACUGUCCUGUACAGCCUUAUUGGAAGGAAACUGUGGAGAAGGAAGAUGGACUCUAUAGGACCAAGUAUCUCUCACAGGGACAAGAAUAACAAACAGACUGUCAAAAUGUUAGCCGUGGUGGUGUUUGCCUUCAUCCUGUGCUGGUUACCAUUCCAUGUGGCACGCUACCUGUUCUCUAAGUCCUUUGAAGCAGGAUCCUGGGAAAUAGCACUGAUCAGCCAGUACUGUAACUUGGUAUCUUUUGUGCUUUUCUACCUGAGUGCUGCCAUCAACCCCAUUCUAUACAACAUCAUGUCCAAAAAAUACCGCGUGGCUGCUUGCAGACUAUUCCGACUAAAGAAAGUUUGCAGAAAAGCACCUUACACAACGAAUGAUGAAAGUUCACCGGCCUGGACAGAAUCCUACGUGAGCUCAUGACAGCACGAGGAAAACAUGGUCUGAAUUCUGCCUGACAACACUGAAGCCAUAUUAUUCCAGAAAACAUGUAGGAUCCAUAAAAUGUGCUAUGUAUACUUACAGCACGUAAUAGUAUCUCAGGAUGAAAGCGCUUCUAUGUGUGAUGGAAAGCCUGGCCAGUGCUUUGCACCAGUGGAAACUUUAAUAUCCAUUCCUAUUUUUAGAGUUAUUUUAUCUCGGUGAAAGCGAUAUUUUUUGUAUUGGUUUCUCAGAAGGAUGCUUAAGGCAAUAUGGUUCUCGUGUGGGGCUUUCUUACGUUCCUAUAGUAUUUAUUAAACCAUACCCUCUAUGUCUGGAUUGCUACCUUUAGCUGUCAGUUUUCUGUUAUACAUUGUACUGUUUCAUGCACUUCCUGUGGCUUGGUGUCCAAAGAGUAAUGAUUCUUAGAACAGUAUAAAGUUUUAAUGUCAUGUGAUAACAAUAAGGACAAUAAAGUCUAAUGUAA